AUGAGCGUUCGUUCAGAAACUAUAAAAAUUUCUACACCGGAAGAUGAUGGACCUUCUUCUUCCUUUUUGGCUUUUUUAUUGAGACCACCACAAGGUUCUGGACCUGGUUUGAUUUUCAUUACAGAAAAUUUAAAUAUUAACCAAGAAAUCGAAAAAGAGACCAUCACGUUAAGUGAAGAAGGUUAUGUUGUAUUAGUACCAGAUUUAUCUUCAUUUUCAUCAGAUGAUAAAUACAUGAUUACAUGUAUUGAAAGAGCAAUUCAUCGUCUUACAUCGGUUCCUGAAAGGAUUGGUAAGAUAGGAAUCAUUGGUCGUGGAAAAGGUGGGGAUAUCGCAAUACAAUUAAUGACGAAAGCAUCGCAUGAUCAACGGAACCCCUGUUUAAUUGAUUGUGGCGUAGCUUAUUACCCAACAAUGUUUGAAGAUCACGUUCCUGAUUUAAUGAAAAUUCAAGUUCCUUUCGUGAUUCAUAUGCCGGUUGAUGAAAAAUCCAAUGUUACCAAUUUUAUCGAUCAAAUUAAGCAAUCAUCUAAUAAUGUAGAAAUUUUCAAAUAUGAAAAGAUACCACACGGAUUUGCUGCGCCAGAAAAUCAAAAUUCUGCAGAGAUCAGAGGUAUUACUCGCAUAGCUUACACAAGGUCUUUGAAUGUUUUAAAAAAAAUAUUGGGUCCGUAUUUUGAUUUGUCAGCUCUUUGGGAUAAACAUAUGGAAUAUGAAUUUGAAACGAAAAAUGUACAAAUGACAGUGUCAACAAUGACUAAUGAAGCAUAUGUUAACCAUGUCCCAACAAUGACCGGUGCUGUUGGGCAUAAACAAAUUGCUCAGUUUUAUGAGCAUCACUUCAUUCAUUGUAAUCCACCAGAUGGUCGUAUAAUUCCUAUCUCACGAACAAUUGGUUUAGACCGAUUAGUCGAUGAAAUGGUAUUCUGUUUUACACACACUCAAGAAGUAGAUUGGGUGCUUCCAGGAGUUGCACCAACCAACAAAUAUGUUGAAAUACCAUUAGUGGUGAUUGUUAAUUUUCGUGGUGACAAGCUACAUAGCGAGCAUAUUUAUUGGGAUCAAGCAUCAGUAUUAGCACAAAUUGGAUUGUUAAAUAAAGAAGGAUUACCUAUAACAGGUGCAGAACAGGCUAAAAAG